GAUUUCCAGAACCCACCUCUCUCUCUCUCUCUCUCGCUAUCUCAAUGGGCUCAGCAUCAAUCGAUGGUGUCGGGGAGAGUCCCGUUUACGGCAUAAAGCUAUCGUCAGUUGUACCGGCUGCCAUCACCGGGAAUAACAGAGAUCAUAAACUAAGCUGUAUGGACCUGAUGAUGAAGCUUCAUUACCUGAGAGGUUUAUACUUCUUUAGUAAAGAUGCAGUGGAAGGGCUCAACAACUUGGAAAUUAAGGAAUCCUUGUUUAAAUUGUUAGAUCACUGCUCAGCUGCUUCGGGAAGGAUAAGGAGGUCCGAGUUGGGUCGACCAUUCAUCAAGUGCAACGACACUGGGGUGAGGAUCAUCGAGGCUCAGACCAACUUUACACUUGAUGAGUGGCUGCGGUCCAAUGACUGGUCUCUCCAUUCUCUCCUUGUCUCCAAUCAAGUUCUUGGUCCUGAUUUACAUUUCUCUCCUCUGGUUCUUCUCCAGAUCACUAGGUUCAAAUGUGGAGGAAUAUCAUUGGGCCUCAGCUGGGCCCAUUUACUCGGUGAUGCAUUCUCAGCCUCAAGAUUCAUCAACCUAUGGAGCCACAUCAUGGCCGAUCAUCCACCCCCAAAGUUGCUCAACACACCAGAACCAGAACCAGAACUGCCCACAAGCGAAAAACCCAUUACCUCACAGUUUCUGUCAGCGAAACGAAUUGAACCUGUUGGUGACUAUUGGCUAAGUGUCAACAACUGUAAAAUGGAAGCUUAUACUUUCCAAAUCAAUGCCUCGCAAUUGACACAACUACAGUCAAAGAUACCCAGUGAACCAUUUGAAGCUCUUUCGGUGGUAAUUUGGCAAUGCAUAGCGAGGAUAAGAGAGAAUAACGAACCAAGGACUGUGACUAUUUGCAGAAAAGAUUCUCGUAAUGGAGAGACCAACAACUUGAGCUUGAGCAACAAUCAGAUACUACUAAGUGUAGUUAAAGCAGAUUUCUCUGUUGGAGAUGCCAAACCAUCAGAGUUGGCAACAUUGAUUGUUCAAGGAUCAGUAGAGGAAAGAACUCUGAUUGAAGAAACAGUGGAGAGAGAUCAAGGGCUGUCAGACUAUAUUGUUUAUGGCACAAACCUUACAUUUGUUGAUUUGGAAGGUGUGGAGAUUUAUGGGUUCGAGAUAAGGGGGCACAAACCUGUUUUUGCAAAUUAUGCCAUUCAUGGAAUUGGUGAAGAAGGGGUUGUAUUAGUGCUUCCAGGGCCAGAAAAAGUUGGAGAACAAGGUAGAGGAGGAAGAACAGUUACCAUAUCCCUCCCAGAAGAUCAACUCUUCAAGCUAAAAGGUGAGCUUAGUAAGGAAUUGUAUAUUGCUUGAACCAAUGGUGUCGAUGACAAUGUGGUUGAAGAGAAAAGUAUUUGUUUUGUCAAAAUUGUUGAC